CCGCUGAGCCCGUGAGCCGUUCACUCGCCAUUCGUUCGUCGUCACACUCACGGGUCGUUCGCUGAUAAACUAAUUAAAUAUUUCGGAAAUAGUGAUAGUGAUCUAUAUUUAACAACUCUCAAAAUGGCAAAUCUCGCGCUAUUAGUGCCUGUACUGUUCCUAGCAUUGUUUGUUGAAUAUGGUGACUCAGUGAGCUGUUGGACAUGCUCAUCGGACAUAAACCCGUUCUGCAAUGAUCCAUUCCUCGCUGGCCGAGGUGAAUACUCUGGACAAUUCCAGUUGGAAAACUGCGACGGUAGAACAGGAGUCACUUUCCCUUACCUGUCGUCUUCUAAGUCUGCUUGUAAGAAGCAGAAGAAAUACAUCAACGGACUAUUGGUAGUAACCCGAGGCUGCACUUGGAAGCGAACUGACGACUACGGAAGCCAAUGCCCUAACUACUCGAGCGGAACGAACGAGAUCCCAUCCUUCUGCGAGACUUGCGACUACGACGGCUGCAAUGGUGCUGCUACUGUUGGCAAGACUCUGGCCUUACUUCUGGCACCACUCGGCCUACUUCUCUUCAAAUAACUUAAUUUAACAUUAAACUUCCAUUAAUAUAGUACAAAUUUCUUUGUUAUUACCUAUUAUGCAUUAAAUAGAAAUACAAAAGGUCCAGUCACUAUUAUAAACAUAAACGUCUUCAUAUCUAAUAAUAACCUGAAUCUCUAAGUUAAUUUUACCAUAUAUUCCGAAAACAGAUUUAACAUAAUCUGUGUCACACACAAGAAAGCUUAGAGCUGAUUUAAAAAAUUCAUGUUCUAAAUUAGCAGGAUCUACAGUCAACCUUGAAGCCUCCAGUGUAGGGAAAUAUGCAUACCACAUACGCUAUCAUUAAAAGAAUCUUAAUUUUUUUAUGUUUCAGUAAGAAAUGCAAUUAGAGGGUAAUGAUUAAAGUUCUUGCAAAAAUAGAUGCAAACAGCUGAUAAACUAUAAAUGUUUUAUGUGAGUGGACUCUUUAGCUUAUUUUAUUUAAUGUAGCAUGGGACCACUUGCAAUAUAUCUGUACCCACCGGCUGUUACCGAAGCUACAGACAACUUGUAUAUCUGUGUAUUAAAAUAUACUGAAGAAAAGUUACCGACAGAAAUUAUAAAAUAGGUGCAUAAUUUUACAUCGUUAAAAAUAUUUCGUAUUGAAAUAAAAAUUAUAUUUGUAGUGUAUUUUUUUAGUUGCUACUUAACAUUAUUUUAGAUGUCUAUCACUUGGUUUUUAAGCAGAUACUGUCUACACUAGUUUCAUAGUUGAGUUUAUGUAUUUUUAACUGUAAAUAUUUUUUUUAUUUUUAAUGGAUUAACAAACUCGAAUUACUUGUAUUUUUAGUAUUAAAAUAAGGGCGUCUUUGACAAUGAUAUUAUUAACACUUAAACGGACCAUUCUGCAUGUGCCUUUACUUCAGACAGUUUAAAAUAUAUUUGAGAUAAUAUUGUAUUUAUUUAUAGCAUUUAAAUUCAUGACAUUUGAAUCUCAUGAUGGUCACGAAGAAAAUAAUUAUUAGGUCACUGCUAUAUAUUUAAAUAAAGUUGUU